GGAAACGGGUUACAUGCAAAUAUAAGAUUCCAGCUCCAAAUAGACCGAGUAUAUGCCUUAUAUUAUAACUGCUAUAAGCUUUAAUCAUUCGAAUUUAUUUAGAAAGACAAGCAUAUCAAGCUUGGUAAGACACAUUCUCUGCUAUAGGACCUGUUGUAUAGAAAUGAAACGUAUCUACCUCGUCGUCGCGCUUAUACUUGUGUGUGACUUCAUGUCAACUACAGAGAGCUACAAUGCAAGAGAUUUAGCGAAACGGAACGUUGGUGUAAGUGGACAAAGAGUUGUGUCGAUAAUAGAUUGGAGCAGGUUGGGUGAUACAGCAGAUAUCAACGAAUACUUAUCGCGCUUGUUGGAUUACGAAUCCGAGUGACACGAAUGUAAUUAUGAAGAAUUUGCAUCCAACUACUGGGGAUAAAUAAAAUAUAAAAGAUGCGCUGACG